CCAGCUGCCCGGGAGGAGCGGCGCGCAUGCGCGUUGAAGGAGAAGGGCCGGGGGGUGUCGCCGUCGCUUGCUUGGUUGCCGCUGCUGUCAGUUCCGGCUGUUGGGUCGAGGACGGGAUCCGGCCUCGGAGCCGCCGCCGCUGCCGCCUGAGGAGACUCGGCCUUGUCGCGACGCCAGGAGCGCCCGCUCCCCCCGCCCCCCUGCUCCGGCCAUGGCCCGGGACUACGACCACCUCUUCAAGCUCCUCAUCAUCGGCGACAGCGGUGUCGGCAAGAGCAGUUUGCUGCUACGUUUUGCAGACAACACUUUCUCAGGCAGCUACAUUACCACAAUUGGAGUCGACUUCAAAAUCCGGACAGUUGAAAUUAACGGAGAAAAGGUCAAGCUACAGAUCUGGGAUACCGCUGGCCAAGAGCGCUUCCGAACUAUCACGUCAACGUACUACAGAGGGACGCACGGGGUGAUUGUGGUAUAUGACGUCACGAGCGCUGAAUCCUUUGUGAACGUCAAGCGGUGGUUGCAUGAAAUUAACCAGAACUGUGACGACGUUUGCCGGAUAUUAGUUGGUAAUAAGAACGAUGAUCCAGAACGGAAAGUGGUAGAGACGGAAGACGCCUAUAAAUUUGCUGGGCAGAUGGGGAUCCAACUGUUUGAGACCAGCGCCAAAGAGAACAUUAAUGUGGAAGAGAUGUUCAACUGCAUCACAGAGUUGGUUCUGCGAGCCAAGAAAGACAACUUAGCCAAGCAGCAGCAGCAGCAACAGAACGACGUGGUGAAGCUCACGAAGAACAGUAAACGAAAGAAGCGGUGCUGCUAAUGCCCCUUCCUCUCCCGCGGCAGAGACUCUGCGCUCGGACAGCUCAGCCCUUCCAGCCAGACACAGGCGAUUCCACUGGGCUCGGCCUUGAGAGGACGUCUUUCCUCACUUUUGUGCCGUUAUUUAAAUGCGUUCUCCCCCCACCCACGUUUUCGAUCGAGAGGCACCCGACCACAAUAGUGCCAAGAAGGUCUCGGAUGGAGGCGAUUCUGCCCCCUCUCCUGCCUCCUUUUUUUCAAGAUUAUCUUGUAGACAAAAAACAAAACAGAAAAAAGACUUUGCGUACCAAGUGGACUGGUGAUCCUAAAAGUUUGUACAUAAUGUAUAUUUGCUUUAACCAGCUGCACCUUCCCCGUGUCGCUUUGGCUCCUGCCUUCUGAAUAUCAACCAAUCAUGAAUUUUGA